AUGGAUCAGUACACUACGCUGAUGACUCUCUUCUCAUUCGGUUGGAUCUCCUGCUCAGAGGUCCCCCCUCGUCAGUACUACUAUGUUAACAAAACUCUGAGCUGGAGUGAAGCUCAACAAUACUGCAGAGAGAAAUACACCGACCUGGCUACAUUUGACAGCAUGGAUGACUUGAAGAGACUGAAAGCCGACUUUUCCUACUCCUGGGCUUGGUUUGGUCUUCAUGAUGAUCCAGCAGCUUGGAAAACAUCCAUGGGAAAUGAGAGCAACUCCUGGAGAUGGUCAGCAACAGGAGAACACAGCAGAACUGGAUUCCAGUCGUGGAACAGUAGCACCCUAGAUUAUUAUCAGGGAAAGGAAACAUGUGCAGCAAUGGAUGGAGGAGGGCUGUGGAACGACUAUUUCUGUGGUUCAUCCUUCAGUCUUCUAUGCUUUAAUGUUACAGAUCAAAACAAGAAAAACUACAUUUUCAUCAAUCAGUCAAUGUCAUGGAGUUCUGCUCAGCAGUACUGCAGAGAUAACCACAAGGACUUGGCGAUGAUCGAGAACCAGGAGGAAAACAUGGAGGCUCUGAAUGCUAAACCGUCCAGUUCUAUGGUCUGGAUUGGUCUGUAUCGAGAACCCUGGAUCUGGUCUGAUGGAAGCACGAACUCCUUCAGAAACUGGUAUCCCACUGGAUUAAACAACAUUGAUGAAAACCAACACUGUGCUAUUGUGAAUCCAAAGCAUGAUUGGGUUGAUGAAUUCUGUGACGUCCCAUAUGUUUUUGUCUGCCAUCAAGUUUCAAAGAGGAAAACCACUUUGAGGAUGAAAUUCAACACUGAUGCUGACAUGACCGACCCAAAAGUCAAAGCCCAGAUCCUGGAGCAGAACUUCUGCUACUUUCAGAACGGCUGGAUCUCCUGCUCAGAAGUUCCCCCUCGUCAGUACUACUAUGUUAACCAGGCUCUGAACUGGAGUGAAGCUCAACAAUACUGCAGAGAGAAAUACACCGACCUGGCUACAUUUGACAGCAUGGAUGACUUGAACAGACUGAAAGCCGACUUUUCCUACUCCUGGGCUUGGAUUGGUCUUCAUGAUGAUCCAGCAGCUUGGAAAACAUCCAUGGGAAAUGAGAGCAACUCCUGGAGAUGGUCAGCAACAGGACAAACCAGCAGGACUGGAUAUGAAUCGUGGAACCGAUACUACCUAGAUUACUGGAAAGGAAAGGAAACAUGUGCAACAAUAGGUGGAAGGGGGCAGUGGAACGAUGAUAUCUGUGGUUUCUCCUACAGUUUUCUGUGCUUUAAUGUUACAGAUCAAAACAAGAAAAACUACAUUUAUAUCAAUCAAGCAAUGUCGUGGAGUUCUGCUCAGCAGUACUGCAGGACAAACUACAAGGACUUGGCAAUGAUCGAGAACCAGGAGGAAAACAUGGAGGCUCAGAAGGCUAAACCGUCCAGUUCUACAGUCUGGAUUGGUCUGUAUCGAGAACCCUGGACCUGGUCUGAUGGAACCCUGAGCUCCUUCAGAAACUGGUAUCCCACUGGAUUAAACAACGUCAACGAAAGCCAACACUGUGUUACUGAGAAUCCCCAGCAUCAAUGGGCCGAUGAAUUCUGUGACGUCCCAUGGGUUUUUGUCUGCCAUCAAGUUUUAAAGAGGAAAACCACUUUGAGGAUGAAAUUCAACACUGAUGCUGACAUGACCGACCCAAAAGUCAAAGCCCAGAUCCUGAAGCAGCUUCAAUCAUUGCUGAGCAGUGGUGGAAGGACAGACAUCAAACUGCAGUGGAAGAUUGAACCCAAGAAAUAG